AUGCAGAAUGUAGCACAAGGUUCCUCUUCAGAUAGUCAAAAAAUUGAGAAAGGGAACGCUCAUCACGAUACAGAAAAAUCGUCUACUCCCCAAUCUUCAAAUUCAAGUCCCACAAAAUCAGGAACUGAGACUUUCUCAGAAUUACAACCGAAAUUUAUGACUGAUUCGUCGGAAAGCGAGGAAGACGACGUUUCUGAGGUUGAAUCUUUUAUGAUAGAGCAAGAAUUGGACGAAGAUUCCCGUCUUGAUACGUCCAAAUUUCUUCUUAGUGGGGGGUGCGCAGAGGGAGCGGAAAAUUCAGUUGAUCCAGAAACUCAAGCCCGAUUAGAAGCACUCUUAGAAGCUGCCGGAAUAUCAAAGUUAUCAACGGGUGAUGGGAAGCAAUUAGCUGACCCAGAGGUUUUGCGUCGUUUAACUUCAAGCGUAUCUUGUGCUUUGGAUGAGGCAGCCGCGGCUUUAACUCGCAUGAGGACGGAAAAUCCUCGUUCGCAAGUAGAACUCGUUCCUACUCGUUCUUUGGUUGAAGCUUGCACAGACGGGGAUGUUAGCACUGUUAGAAAGCUUUUAACAGAAGGAAAAAGCGUUCACGAAACCACGGAAGAAGGUGAAAGUUUAUUAUCCCUCGCUUGCUCAGCAGGUUAUUUAGAACUUGCUCAAGUUUUGCUGGCCAUGCACGCCAACGUCGAAGAUAGAGGUGUAAAAGGAGAUUGUACUCCUUUAAUGGAAGCAGCAUCGGCAGGACAUCCUGAUAUAGUUAAAUUACUUAUUAACCACGGAGCUGAAGUAAAUGCUCAAUCUUCUUCAGGUAAUACUCCUCUGAUGUAUGCUUGUGCCGGUGGACAUGAAGCCGUUGUCCGCGUUUUAUUAGAAAAUGAAGCCAAUGUGGAGGAUCACAAUGAAAAUGGUCAUACACCUUUGAUGGAAGCUGCAAGUGCUGGUCACGUAGGUGUAGCCAAAAUAUUAUUGGAUCACGGAGCCGGAAUAAACACUCAUUCUAAUGAAUUUAAGGAAUCCGCUUUGACUUUGGCUUGUUACAAAGGUCACUUAGACAUGGUUCGAUUUUUAUUAGAGGCUGGAGCAGACCAGGAGCAUAAAACCGAUGAAAUGCAUACGGCUUUAAUGGAAGCUUCAAUGGAUGGGCAUGUUGAGGUGGCUAGAUUGUUACUGGAUUCUGGUGCCCAAGUAAACAUGCCUACGGACAGUUUUGAGUCUCCAUUAACUUUAGCUGCUUGUGGGGGUCAUACGGAAUUGGCCUUGUUAUUAAUAGAACGAGGCGCCAACAUUGAAGAAGUUAAUGAUGAAGGAUAUACUCCCCUUAUGGAAGCAGCAAGAGAAGGACAUGAGGAGAUGGUUGCCCUUCUUCUUAGCCAGGGAGCUAAUAUAAACGCUCAGACGGAAGAAACUCAGGAAACUGCAUUAACUCUCGCUUGUUGCGGUGGUUUUCUAGAAGUAGCUGAUUUUCUUUUAAAAGCUGGUGCUGAUUUAGAAUUAGGGGCUUCAACUCCAUUAAUGGAGGCUGCUCAAGAAGGCCAUUUAGAACUUGUACGAUAUUUGCUUGAAUAUUAUCACGCCAAUGUCAACGCUCAAACUCAAACAGGAGAUACUGCCCUUACUUACGCAUGUGAAAAUGGCCACACCGAAGUGGCUACUCUUCUUUUAAUGUAUGGUGCAGAACUAGAACAUGAAUCCGAAGGAGGAAGAACGCCUUUAAUGAAAGCAUGCCGAGCUGGUCAUCAGCAAACGGUGCAAUUUCUUAUUUCAAAAAAUGCAGACGUGAAUAAAACUACUACCAACAAUGAUCAUACUCCAUUAUCUUUGGCCGCUGCCGGUGGACAUAUUGGAGUUGUAGAACUUCUUUUAGCUCAUCAUGCCGACCCUUUUCAUAAACUCAAAGAUAAUUCAACCAUUCUUAUCGAAGCUGCAAAAGGAGGACAUACAAAUGUGGUUCAUCUUCUUUUGGAUUAUCCUCAUUCAAUCAUGAUGCAACCCCCGGCGGUUCCUCCUCAACCUUCCGAAGAUCUUCUUCGAGAAUACGAUGCUGCCAGAGCGGCGGCUGCAGCUGCUAUUGCACGAGAAGCUGAACAAAAUGGGCAAAAUAAUAAAGUGCCCCUACACUGUGCUAACAAACCUCACAAUCCUCAAAAAGCACUUUCACUUCUGAGAAAAAUCAAACUUCCUACGACUUCCGAACCUGGUUUAACAUCUUCCGAAGCUCAACAAGUGAGAACCCAACCAGUGGGUGAAAACGCAUCAAAUUUAAAUCAUAGUGUGCCAGAAAGUGAGGUUAAUGUGCAAAACAAGGGAAGUACCAGUGGUGUUUCGAAUAAGGAAGAGAAAGAAAAAAAAGACGUUACUGUGUCGACUGCUACACUAGUUCCUGGCCCGAAACCUUUAGUUCUUAACAUUGAUCUACCCUCUCAGCAAAACGUUGCAAUAGGAGGAAAUGGGAAAGUUGUGGUUCCAACUCAACCCAGUUCACCUCCGCAACCUCCUCAAAUGUCUUUGCCCAACUCUCCUCCUCAACAACCCUUUGAAGUUACGCAAAUCACUGCUAUUAGUGAUCGGCCUAAAGCAAAACCCGUGUCCAAAAAGGAAGGGAAAAAUCUUCGUAAAAUUAAUCUUCAACAGCAACAUUUAGAAUUACAACAACUCACUCAAGAAUUUCAACAAACGCAGACCCAAAACCAAAAUCAAACGUCGCAAACUCAAACUUCUCAAGUCCAAGAUCUUCGAGGUAUCACGCCAACUCAACUUCUCGCUCAUCUUCAACAACUUGAUCCUGCCAUAGCUACUGCUGCUACGCCUUCUCAGCUUCAAUUAUUACAGCAAAAACAUCAGCAAUUAUGGACUCUACAGCAGCAGAUCACUCCGGCAAAUAGCGUGGAUGUUAACGAACUAGCAGGUAUGCUGUCUGAUCAGUCACAACCUUGCCAUUUAUUUACGACUACGGAAGAUAUGUUAGAUAAAAUGAGACAGAAUGUGGUUGCAGAUUCCUUGCUUAUUGCAGCAAUCACUUCUUCCCAAGAUGGUAGCGACGGGAAAGAAGAUGGUAAAAACCUUUCUAAAACCCCUGCAGAACAGAUAGACAAUAUUGUUAUGGAUUUUGCUCACAAACUAGAAGCUUUCCGUUUAGAAGAUUCCACAAUCGACCAAGAGAGAUUAACGGCUGCAACUCAGCAAGAAUUAUCCGCCGAAGAAGCCUUAGCUGCGGAAGAAGAAGCGUUUAAUCUGUUAGCUCAACAACAGCCACAAGAUUUGGCUUACAUAACGGUUCCUGCUAUUUCUUCACAGCAAAACCAGAGGGGAAAUCAAACCAACCACAUUCAAUAUCAACAAUUUUCGACGCCUCACGAUAUUGUAACUCAAAAUGAUGUUUCAACCGGUUUGCAGAUGACAGGCACUUCGUUACAACUUUCAGGCACUAAUGGUCAACCAAUGUCCUUGACCCGAACUAAUGAAAGAGCCGUACAAAUGUCUGGAACAAGUACCCAGUCACAAAUAUCUGGUAGUAAUUCUCGACAAAUGGAUCUUUUUUCCGCCGGUUUUGUUGCCGGUUUACAAUCUGUGAAUAAGGCUAGAAUGUCUGGGAAUUUACCCGUAAGUGGCAAUGUUCAACAAACUGCCCAAAACAUUCAAGUAGGGAGCGGAAUAACGCCAUUACACAUGGCAAACACAUCUGCAACCCAUUUAAUGAAUUUAUCCGCUAGAAUCGAUCCCGGAAACGCUGCUUUUCAAUCUCAAUCUUUGUUUCCAUCCCCAUUGAGUCGUAAUGUUACUACUUGUGAAUCAAGCACGAGCACUACCCAGUUUUCAUGUCCUAUUACUACCGAAGCCAACACCACUAGACAAGUUCAAGUGGCUACCCAAACUGUUACGGAGAAGAAAGUUUCUCACACUCAGUCAGCGUAUUUGCCCAUAAAGGGUAAAAAAGCACGUUACCAAAUACCACUGAGACAACAUAACUCCAAUUUUACAUCACAUCAACUUGAUGCUAACUCAGGCAUAGGUCAUUAUCCUCAGCCUAGUAAUGCUGCCCAGUGUCAACAAACAACACCUCCAGUUUUACAUCCGCCGAUACAGCUUUCUUCUGGAAUGGAUGUUGAUUCAGAAACGGACACCAAUCACGACACGGCUCUGACUUUAGCAUGUGCCGGCGGUCACGAAGAACUAGUAGAAUUAUUGUUAUCGCGAGGUGCUGAUAUAGAACAUAGAGAUAAAAAAGGCUUUACUCCUUUGAUACUUGCGGCAACUGCUGGUCAUGAAAAGGUAGUAGAUAUUCUUCUUAAUCACGGGGCAGAUAUUGAAGCUCAAUCUGAACGUACGAAAGAUACACCUUUAUCCCUGGCUUGUUCUGGGGGAAGAUACGAAGUCGUAGAGUUAUUACUAACAAAAAUGGCUAACAAAGAACACAGAAACGUUUCCGACUACACGCCUCUCAGUUUAGCCGCAUCGGGAGGCUAUGUAAACAUAAUAAAACUAUUACUAAGUCACGGAGCUGAGAUCAAUUCAAGAACUGGAAGUAAACUCGGGAUUUCACCUUUGAUGCUAGCAGCCAUGAACGGUCACACGACCGCCGUACGAAUACUUCUUGAUAUGGGAAGCGAUAUAAAUGCACAAAUCGAAACCAAUCGAAACACUGCUCUCACGUUAGCUUGUUUUCAAGGAAGGCACGAAGUUGUUAGCCUUUUACUUGACAGGAAAGCUAACGUGGAGCAUCGAGCAAAGACGGGUUUGACACCUCUAAUGGAAGCGGCUAGUGGUGGUUACGUCGAGGUGGGUAGAGUCCUGUUAGAUAAAGGUGCAGAUGUUAACGCUCCUCCGGUACCAUCAUCUCGAGAUACUGCACUCACGAUCGCAGCCGAUAAAGGGCAUUGUCGUUUUGUUGAACUUUUGCUUUCGAGAAAUGCAAUGGUUGAAGUUAAAAACAAAAAAGGUAAUUCUCCUCUCUGGUUGGCCGCCAACGGAGGUCAUCUUAAUGUAGUUGAACUCCUUUACAAUUUGGAUGCCGACAUCGAUUCUCAAGACAACAGAAAAGUAUCUUGUUUGAUGGCAGCUUUUCGUAAAGGUCACGUUAAGGUAGUUAAGUGGAUGGUAAAUCACGUCACGCAAUUUCCAAGUGAUCAAGAUAUGACGAGGUUCAUAGCGACCGUCAAUGACAAAGAACUCCUUGAAAAAUGUCACGAAUGCGUAAAACUCAUCCGUGCUGCUAAAGACUUGCAAUCGGCUAAAGCGAAUAAAAAUGCCAGUAUACUUUUAGAAGAAUUAGAUAUGGAAAAAACUAGGGAAGAAUCCAAAAAAGCGGCCGCGGCUAGACGUAGGGAACGAAAGAAGAAAAAGAAAUUGGAGAAAAAAGAGGAGAAGCGAAAGCUCAUCAAUGAAAAUAAGAAAAAUGAAAAAAUUCCGUCGGAUAAUGAAGACGAAGAGGAAGAAGAAGAAGCGGAAAAAUCAGAUAUCGAAGAAAUAUCUCCUAAAGUUACUUAUACUAAAGAAAAAGAAAUGAAUAAGGAAUCUAAAAACAACAACGAUGUUAGGUUAAAUUCUAGUUCACCGCUAAGAAACGGAGAAGCCUUGGACAAAGAAGAAGGUGAUAGUGGCAUCGAUGCCAACAGUCAAGGAUCUUGUUCUUCGAACGAUGUCAAAUCGAAAGAAAAACGAAAAGAUAAAAAGAAAAAGAAGGGAAAUCAAGGUGAACGAGAUAAAUCCAAUAGCAAUAGUAACGAAGCGUCGGUCAACAGCGAAAGUUCGAGCACCGUGACGAAUUCGAAACCGAAUGUUGGUACGAAAGAACUUUCGGAAAGGCGUCAUAAGGGAGGAGAAUCUAUCACGCAUGAAAAUGGGACUAACAAUAUUCCAAAUUUAUCACAUUCGGAGAAUAAAAAUAACGGAGGAACCGUACGUUCGUCCGAGAAAAAAAGUAACAAAGGCUCGCUCGUUUUCGAAUCCUCCCGACAUCCCGCCGAUCGUGAAGAUUUCGAGGCAACCGGAAAUGAAACUUACAUACUCGGAAACAAAAGCAGGAAAAGCAAUAAUUAUGUAAAUCAUUUUGAAACGGAAAACGUGACGAGUAAUAAAAACCAAAAUUCUUCAACGAGUCCCAAAGGAUGUGGGAAAAGAGAGGAAGGAUGGAAAGAAGUUGUACGCAAAUCUAAGAAAGUGUCAGUCCCACUGAAUGCAAUCAGUAGGGUGAUUGGACGUGGCGGAAGCAAUAUCAACGCAAUACGCUCCGCUACAGGGGCGCAUAUUGAGGUCGAGAAACAGGGGAAGGGACAAGGAGAAAGAAUUAUCACCAUUAAGGGGUCAGCCGACGCGACGAAACAAGCUCAUAAUUUAAUUGCUGUCCUGAUAAAAGAUCCGGAUGUUGAUAUAUUACAAAUGCUACCCAAACCCGCCAAAUCGUCAGCCAUUGCAACUUCGUCAACGGAUAAAGUUACUAUUUCGGUUGCCAAUAAAACGAAACAUACUACCUUGCCAAAGUUGUUGCCCCGAAUCGGUACUCAAUCAGUUUCCGUUGUGAACAAAACAAGCGUUACCCCUAGUACUUCUGUCAGAUCUACCGCUCCUACCAAAUUAGUUUAUUCUACCACAGUCUCUAAAAGUACCGCACCGCGAUUAAUUUCAGUCAGUGAAAAAAGGAGUUCGGGUAAUACGCAGUUGACGCCGAAUACCAAGACGACAAUGUCUUACACUUCCGCGAUUAUGACUUCUGGUAGAAAUAUGAAAAUAACACCGCUAGCAAGUCAAACGUUCGCUGCGAAAUUGAGCGAUUCCACUUUGUCGACUACUGUAAAUACCGCUAGCGUAUCGAUGGUGGGAAAAUCUCGGACUCCGAUCGGUUCAGGAUCCAUGUUGACACCAUCUCAACCUCCUGCCACGGCUCCUGUCAGUCCUCAAGUUUCUCCACAUCAACAAGUUUUAUCAUCUCCGAAACAUCAUAGGCCGCAACCAACGGUAUCUGCUCCGCCAAACAUUCAAGGACAAUUUUCUUCAAUAGCACCUUUUCCGCAAUCGUCUUCUGUACAAUCUAUGUCUUUGAUGCAGCAGCAGUCGGCAGUUAGAAGUUCGACGCCCAUUCAGCACGAAAUAGUCAACCAAAAUCAUAUUCCUCAGGAAUAUUCUUUGUUUAAUGACUCUUUUUCCAAGUCUUCUAUGUGGGGAAGGGAAAAUGAACAAAGUCAAAAGUUGAAUUUUGCUAGCGUUGCUGCGACUAGUAGUUUAUCAUCGGCACCUCCUACAAACACUUCAAAAUUUAUGGAAGACAUUCAAACUCAAACGCAAGUUGAUGUGACAAAAGCACCCGGAUACAGAGGCAAUGCCGUUUGCUCACCCGUCUCAUCGAAAUCAAAUAGCAAUUUGCCAAUCAUGUACAGCGGAGGUUUUCCCGACCCCCCCGCUCCCAGCCUAACAGUUCCGAAUGUGAGGCCGUCCAUGGAAAUUUUGAGUACGAAUAUCGGUCCGAUACCUCCUUCUCAGCACGUCGAUAUUGUACCCAGUCCCGUCGGAGGACCUGGACCCAUAGGACCUCCUUUAUUCGCCUCUCGUCCUAAUUAUCAGUCUACCGAAAAGUCUGAGCAACCCCUGUAUACUAAUGUGAAUUCUUCGACUACUUUCGGACAAGACUUGUUAAAAAUUAACCCGGAUAAUCAACUAAUAGGAUUUACUCAUCAGCUAAAUUAUUCUCAACAAAAUUCACCUCCCGCUCCGGCAACCAAUCCCACGAUAUCGAUGUCGAGGCUGAACCCGAGGGCACCAGAUUUUUCAGUUUCUUAUGCCAAGCAACCGCAACCGCAGCAACAGCAACAACAACAACAACAACAGCAGCAACAGCAACAGCAGUUAUUUCAUCCUCAGAAUAAUAAUCCUAACAUGGCUGUUCUAGCCCUCGCGACAACCAUGAAUAAACAAUACCCAAGAUCGGCCGCCAACGGUCAACCUCGUUGGCCGUACGGUCCCAUUCCGCAGGGCUACCAACCUCAACUCCAAGAAUUUACCGGAAUGUUUACGAAUCACAACGUGUUGCCAAACACGGUUGAAUUACUAUCCAAUUUUGAAAAUGGCGGAAUCGUCAAUUCCCCAUCCAUGUCUCCAUCUUCUCCGGCUAAUAACCCGACGGGGGAUCAUAAAAUCGAAGAUCGGAAAAUUCCAAGACCGAUCGGUACGGAAAGAAAUUGGAAAAACAAUCAAGGGCAUAACGCUGCAUUUGGAAUGGGGCCGUCGGGAGACAUGGAUCCUGGUAAUUGGCUGGUGGAGCCGAAAAUAAAUUGGCCAGGAGCUAGAAGCAUGAAUCCGAUGUUUACGGGAAAUCCUCCCCCUUACAGAAUUCCCCUCCCCGAAGAACUUCCCCAAUUAAUUGAUUCUCCUUUUCAGACGGACAAUUUCAUAACGGAAAUUCUGCCGCAUUGGCUCAACAAUUAA